AAUUCGAAUUCCGAAAUUCUUAGUCUCGAAUCUAGCUCAACAGUUUCUUAUGGCUCCGAAGAAAUCUGAAGGAAUCGCUUUACUAUCUGUUUACAGCGACGAAGAUGACGAAGAGAUGGAAGACGCCGAGGAAGAGGAAGAAGAAGACGAGCAACAGAAGAAUCAGGAAGAGAGUGAAAAACGGAUUGAAGAAGAUCAGGUAGAAGAAGCGAAUUAUAUGGAUGAAGAAGAGAGAGGAAGAGGAGGAGAAGAUUCUAGAACGCCGAGGUUGUUAGAUGGUAAUGGAGCUUCUUCUAGUGCUCACGCGACGCCUCGGUCACUGGAUAACGAUGAAUCGUCGAGUCGAAUGAUUGGUGAGUUUGGAGUUGCUGAUGGUGAGAGAGGUGAUGAUGCUUCAGAGGAAAGUAGUGAUACGUUAUUGGAUCAGUUUCUUCCGCCACGACCGAGAGAGAAGUGCUCGGAGGAGUUGCAAAGGAAAAUAGAUAAGUUUCUGAGCUUGAAAAAGAUGGGGAAAAGUUUCAAUUCAGAAGUAAGGAAUAGGAAGGAAUACAGGAAUCCUGACUUCCUAUUACAUGCUGUGUCUUACCAAGACAUUGACCAGAUUGGUUCGUGUUUCAGUAAAGAUGUAUUCGACCCCUAUGGAUAUGACCCAAGUGACUUCUGCGAUGCGAUAGAAAUUGACAUGAAGCAUGAGAGGGAAAGGAAGGAACAAGAAAGCAAGAAGAACCAAAAGCUUGACUUUGUUUCUGCUGGUACUCAACCUGGGGCAAUUUUCGCUGCUCAAAAGCCUAACAUCCCCAUUCCAGGUAUUCCAGCUUUAGUUACUAGUGGAUUGCCUUCUGUACCAACCGAAAUCGCUGCUCGUGAUGGUAGACCGAACAAGAAAUCCAAAUGGGAUAAGGUUGAUGGGGACGUAAAGAAUCCUCCUCUAGCAGCUGCGACUCAGGAUUCCCUAUCCUCAAUCCGGUCUAAUGCAGCUCUUGUAUCUGCUGCAAGUACUGGUUCUGGAUACUCAGCUUUUGCGCAACAACGGAGACGAGAGGUGGAAGGAAGAAGAUCUUCCGAGAGGAAACUGGAGAGAAGAAGUUGAGACAUAUAACCAGAAGCCUUUUUAUGUUGUGAUUCUUGUAGCAAGAGUUUCUAAAGAGGUUCUAGUUCAAUGUUUCAUAACGAGUACAAACUUAGAAUCAAUGAUAUACAGUGCC